AUGAGCCGCUCGCUCGGGGAAUGGUUUGUGAAACGUGAGCUGAGCGCAUGUGCUGGCAGUACACCUCAAGUGCGGCCGGCGUCUGGAGAUCAUCAGCAGCCUGAAGAGGAGCUGGAGCCGCCCUUCCGGGAGAUGAGCUUCUUCUACAGCGAGGAGAACAAGCCGCCCGACACCGAGGAGCUGGACAUGGAGACGGAGAACAUGGAGAGCGUGCCGCUGGACCCCUGCUCGGGCCGGCCGGGGGGCGCGGGAGGCCCGGCGCCGCCCGCCGCCCAGCCGCCCGGCGCGGGUGGGGGCGGGGCCCCGCCGGGGAGCAGCCCCGCCCAAGCCCCGCCCUGCUCGCCGGGCGCCGCCUCCGACAAACACUCAGGACACGCGGCGGCCAACGGGCCGGUGGUGGUGCUGCGGCCCGGGUUCGACGAGACGCAGCCCUACGCGCACAUGAACGGCGGGCGCAAGAACGAGCGCGCCCUGCCCCUACCCCAAUCUUCAGCCUGCUGAUCCCCGCGCCUACGCUGCCCCACA